UAUAGCUUACGCUCUCAGCAUGAAAAAGCAGCACUUUAUUUCCAGAGAGCCUUGAAACUAAAUCCUCGAUAUCUGGGAGCCUGGACACUUAUGGGACAUGAGUAUAUGGAAAUGAAGAACACAUCUGCAGCUAUUCAAGCUUAUAGACAUGCAAUAGAGGUGAACAAAAGGGACUACAGAGCAUGGUAUGGCUUGGGGCAAACCUAUGAAAUCCUCAAAAUGCCGUUUUACUGUCUCUAUUACUACCGACGGGCCCACCAGCUCAGACCCAAUGAUUCCCGUAUGCUAGUUGCUCUAGGAGAAUGCUAUGAGAAACUCAACCAGUUGGUGGAAGCCAAAAAG